GGAAGGAGCAGGGGUAUUUCGCGCCAAUUUGAAACAACGGAACACAGUCAGUCUGAGCGGCACGAGACACGAGCUGGGACGCGCGCGCCGCCGGAGGUCUUUUUUAUUAUUAUUAUUUUAACUGCUCUUCCCCGUCAAAGGUGUUGUAAACAUGGAGGAGGCCAACAAGCUGAUUGGUACCGGCAAGAAGCACUUGGUGAUGGGGAAGGUAGUGGAGGCUGUGAGCACCCUGCAGGAGGCCAGCGGCAUGCUGGCUAAAGAGUUUGGAGACACAGCGGACGAAUGUGGCGAGGCUUUCUUCUGGUAUGGCAAAGCUCUCCUGGAUUUGGCACGGAUGGAGAACUCGGUCUUGGGUAAUGCUCUAGAGGGAGUGCCGGAGGAGGAAGAAGAGAAACCCAAAGACUCCAAUGUUGAGAGCACAGACAAUGUAGACGAAAAGACCAGAGACGAGCUGAGGGUGCAGGUGUACGACGCCAUGGCGGAGAAGAAAACUGAAGACGGGGAGAAGGUUGAAGGGAAGCAGAGUGAGGAUCCACAGGAGAAGACUGAAGGAGCCGAGGCUGGUGACAAAAAGGAAAACACAGAAAAAGUAGAGGGGGAGGCUGAAAAGGACAAUAAGAAUGAUGAAAGCAAAUCUGAAAGUAAAGAUAAGAAGGAAAAGAGUGGGGAGGAAGUGGAUGCAAAGGACGACUCUGAAUCUGCUGCUAAGGAGAAGGAGAGGGACUCUGCCGCUGCUAAGAAGGAGAAGACUGCUGCUAAAGAAGAGGAGCCAGCUGAGAAGAUGGACUCUGCUGCUGAAGAGGAAGAAGCAGCUGCUGAGGAGGAAGCAGAUGGCGAGGAAGAUGAGGAAGGUGGCGAUGAUGUAGAAAUGGAAGGUGAUGCAGAGGAGCAGGGUGAAGGAGAUGCCACUGGAGAGAAGGACAGUGACGAUGAGGAGGUGGGUAACCUGCAGCUGGCCUGGGAGAUGUUAGAAGUGGCCAAAGUCAUCUACAAAAGGAAAGAGACGAAGGAGGAUCAGCUAAUGGCAGCCCAGGCUCAUUUGAAACUGGGUGAAGUUUCUGCUGAAUCAGGGAACUAUCCACAAGCACUGGAGGAUUUCCAGGAGUGCCUGAAGCUGCAGGUGAAGCACCUGGACUCAGACAGCCGCCUGCUGGCAGAGACUCACUACCAGCUCGGUGUGACCUAUAGCCUGAACACGCAGUACAGCGAGGCCAUCGAGUCUCUGAAGAGCUCAAUCUCUAUCAUAAAGAACAGGCUUGACAAGCUGCAGGAGAUGCUUGACAAAGCCGAAGGUCCAGAGGCUCUGCCAGAGGAGAGGAAGGAGCUGGAGGAGCUCAAAGCUCUGCUGCCAGAGAUCCAGGAGAAGGUGGAGGACGCCACUGAAAGCCUGAAGACAGCGAGCGCGGCUGUGAAGGAUGCACUGGACGGAGGCUCCACUUCCUCUGCCUGUGAUGGUUCCACUGUAAAGAACAGAGACUCUUCUUCCACUUCAGAGAUUAAAAGCACAUCCACUUCCAAUGGCAACACCUCCACAGCUGCAGUCUCUGACAUCUCCCACCUGGUCAGAAAGAAGAGGAAACCAGAGGAGAGUCCAGUGAAGGAGGAUGUGAAGAAGGUGAAGCAGGACAACAGUCAGCCAGGCGAAAAGCUUCUCACUAAUGGAGAUGCAGGUGAACACGCCAAUGAUAUGGAAGUCGAAAGUAAGUGAAGCUGCACUUUGUCUCCGUUCAAGAAGAGAUUCACCAGCACAACAAGCUCUUAACUGUCUCUUACACGUUUGCUGUUGUAAAUACAUGUUUGUUUGUUCUCUAGUGUUUGACAUUAUACUGUGAAAUUCAAUAAAGAUGGUUGGAUAAACCUGUGUGUUAAGCCUU